AGUUUGGCCAGUGACAUAAACAGACCGCCCAUAUUGUGGAACGAUCAGGAGAGUGGACUUGAAGCCAGAAAAGUUAACAUUUGUGUUCCGAAAAAAAACAUCUGACUUAUUUAGUGUUGUGGAAAGUUUUUUGCGCUUUGCAGGAUCUUCGCUCAACGCCAUGGAUGUCUAUGCGGAGCUUCAGGACGUGGCCUUGGCGCUGGAAAAGGUGGCAUUGAUGGGCUGCCAUGCGCCCGAACCUCAGAAUGGAAAGAAAAAUAAUGCGCACACGGAUAUUCUAAGGAUAAAGGAACAGAUGUCAAAUCAGUGCUUUGAAAUGAUGGCAAAAAUCAGAGCCGGUAAAAGUAAAAUUCAUGGCGAAAAUUCAGAUGCAGAGAAAGAUGAGUCUGAAUAUGAAAAGGAGAUUGAGGAGGCUAAAAUCAGUCACUGCAACAAGACUCUGGCCUUACACAGAAUGCAGGUCUGGGAGGCUAUCUCUGAGAAACUGAAGCAGAGUGAUGUAGAGGCUGAUGCAAUGAGGGCAUCAACCAAUCACACGCAGGACCUGUGCUCAAAGAUAAUGAAGCUUCAGCAGCAAUCACGUGAACUUCAGGAACAGACCACUGGGCUGCAGAAACAGAAGCUUGAACUGAAGAAGCUCACUCAUGAGAGGAUGCAGGAGAUUGAGGAGCUGAAGAGGCUGAGGGAGCAUCCAGAGGAGGGGAAGUACAGCAAGGUCCUGGAGAAAGCUCAGUCUGUCCUGGAGAAAUACCAGAAAAUGACUGCAGUCACACAGAAUGUCCUGCGGGGGGUGAUCCUGGCCUGCAGGAUCCACUGGAGAGAUGACCCCAAACUCGCCCACAUCGUCCUGGGGUUGGAGGGCAUGCCGGACUCUGACUGAAGGAGACCGCUCCUGGCACAUUAAAAUGUUAAUUUACACCGCCAUUUUAUAUACCUCUCUUCAAAUAUGUGUACAGCUGUGUUGUGGUUUUGUUCGCU